AUGCUAUGCGCUUCAAUAGCCUUCGCCAGUCCAUUACUCUCACCUGAGCUUGAAGACACCUUCGCCAACCUCAAGGCCAGACAAGAGGGUCUGGACGAUCGCAAGAACGUUGGCGAGAUCUGUGGGCACGACAUCGACGACGGUAACGCUGAUGUCGCCAAGGACAUCUGGCGUGUGACGGGCGCCGACACCACACUCGACAUCAUUGCCUUGGGUUCGUACGACAAUUGGGUUCGCAACAUGGACCAAGCUGUCUUUGAUAAGCAACAGUCGGAUUCUUGGGACUGCGCUACUCUUGACGGAACAUAUGAGUUCUUCACGCGCGAUCGACCGGAGUACUAUUGGAUCAUGCGUUCUGUUUCCAAGGCGCAUACUGUCCUCAAGACUCUACACACAGAACUUGAGAGCAUCGUUCUUCUGAACUCGCUCAGCCUUGAUCAACUCAAGACAGACUUCGGUGUCGAGAACUCCAAAAUCAAUCCGGCCGGAGUUGCAAACGGUGCUUUCGCAUCAGCAUCUGGUGUCUUCGGGAUGGCGGGACUUCGAAGCGCAGAUCUCGCAACUCGGGCAGGACCUUACGGCGGAGCCCUUGCGGUGAUUAGUGGCGGGUUUGGAAUAGCUGCCUCUACGUACCAGCCAAGCGAUCCCGGGGCAACAAUGGAGACGAUGCUGGCUGAUUACUUCAACCAGAGCAGGAUCGCGAUUGCCGAUAUGGCACGAAACCUUUUUGGAGAAGGCGAUCAGAGCAAACUUCCCGAAGCGGGACAAUCUGGUGAUCGUAACUACUUCCAAUCGCCAGUGGGACGUACUUUCAACGAGGGCAAGUUCGUCAUUGAGAGUGUCGAUGCCGUAUGGAAGGAUUACAUCAACGUUGGCAACAAACUAUUGCAACAAGCACUUGGUACCCGUCUCUUGAGCGAGUUAGGCUACCUUGUCUUCAUCAACGUCGAAACUACAGAAGAGCUUUGCGUGACUGGAAAAAACUCCAACCUAUGGACCGAUGGCCUUUGUAUGGGCCUCUACCACACCCCCGAGUACGAACAUGAGUUUGGAAAUCCGAAUAGCUACAAGAUCUCUCCGCUCGACAACACGGUGGUGGACACGAUGACUGGAAAAUACGAAUUCAAUCUGAUGGAUGUCUACUCGAAUGCAAUCGAGUGUAAGAGAGCCCGUCAAGAUGGCGAGCGCGAAGUCGAUAUCCAGAACACCCCAUAUGGUGGUGAUUGGCCGCAAUGUAUGUUCAACAUCGAUGUGGUAAAGGGCAAAUUCAAGGGCGGCAAAUGGUUCGACGAUUUCGAGGCGCUAUGA